CUUGUUCAAAUAAACAAAAAAAGCUGUCUCUCUGCUUUUGCUUUGCUUUUUGUUUGGCCUCUGAAUUCCCGGCGACAAGUCUGUUUCCUCUCAUCUUGAUACCGGUGUCCAACUCUCUUCUUCUCAUUUUCUCCAUUUGCCGCUCAUAUUGACCUCAUUUCUUUUCUUUUCUUUUCUUUUUCUUUUUUUUUGCAAAAAUUAAUCAAACUUUUCUUUCCCCUCCCCAUUAUUUUUUGAAGGGAGAAGUUGUUUUCACCUACUGCUGGGUUCAUGUGAUUUUUGUUUGAUUAUUAAGUUCAGGAAUUCGGAUUUCGAGGUGGAAUUGGGAUUGGAAAUGGAAUCUACUGUGUAAAGCGACGUUUUGUUGGGUGCUUUUUUUGUUGGCUGAUUUGAGAGUUUCAGCUUUUGAAAAGAACAAAACUUCUGAUCUUUUGAGUUAAUUCUUUUGUAUGGAAUAGUUCCCUUCUGUGGAAAUAUUCUGCGAAUCGGAGCUGGUAGCUGAGCUAUGGCUGAAGAAACUUAUCAGAAAGGAAACUUCUGCGCUCUGUUUCUCGUUUUAAGUUAGGGUUUUAGUUUAUUGAACGGAAAUGGAGAGCUUAUGUACUGAGAAUCGAAGGUUUUUCUUUUGAAGAACGGGGUGGAUAUCUUAGGAGAAGAUAUCUGAUGGUUAUUGGAAUUUGGUUCAAAGCUGAACCUGAGUUUCUGAUGGAAACUGUGUGGUAAAUGUUAGUAGUAUCUCCGGGAAGAAGGCAGGUGAUAGAAUCUGUUCAGAAGUUUUAAUUUUGAAUAUUCUGUAACCAUGAAGGCUCCAUCUAAUGGGUUUUUGCCAAAUUCUGGAGAAGGAGAGAGAAAAAGUAUUAACUCAGAGUUAUGGCACGCAUGUGCUGGACCUCUGGUUUCUUUACCCCCCGUGGGAAGUCUGGUGGUUUACUUCCCUCAAGGCCAUAGUGAGCAAGUUGCAGCAUCAAUGCAAAAAGAGACUGAUUUCAUACCCAGCUACCCUAAUCUUCCUUCCAAAUUGAUUUGCAUGCUUCAUAAUGUGACAUUGCAUGCUGAUCCUGAGACAGACGAGGUCUAUGCACAGAUGACCCUUCAACCUGUAAACAAAUAUGAUAAGGAUGCUCUGUUAACUUCUGAUAUGGGGCUGAAGCAAAGUAGACAACCGGCUGAAUUUGUAGGUCAACCCAAAAGGCACCUGCUGACAACUGGAUGGAGCGUGUUUGUUAGCACAAAAAGACUCUUCGCUGGAGAUUCUGUGCUUUUUAUAAGAGAUGAAAAGUCACAGCUUCUUUUGGGUAUAAGACGUGCUAAUAGACAGCAGCCGGCUCUGUCUUCAUCAGUCAUAUCCAGUGACAGCAUGCACAUAGGAAUUCUUGCAGCAGCAGCACAUGCUGCUGCCAAUUUCAGCCCAUUUACUAUAUUCUACAAUCCAAGGGCUAGCCCUUCUGAGUUUGUCGUUCCCUUAGCCAAGUAUAAUAAAGCAAUGUACACCCAAGUCUCUAUUGGCAUGAGGUUCAGGAUGAUGUUUGAGACUGAGGAAUCGGGGGUUCGUAGAUAUAUGGGAACAAUUACUAAUAUUAGUGAUUUGGAUCCAAUUCGAUGGAAAAAUUCACAAUGGCGCAAUCUUCAGGUUGGAUGGGAUGAAUCGACAGCUGGUGAACGGCCAAGUCGAGUUUCCAUUUGGGAAGUUGAACCUGUCGUAACUCCUUUCUACAUAUGUCCCCCUCCGUUUUUCAGACCUAAAUUUCCCAGACAACCAGGGAUGCCAGAUGAUGAUUCUGAUAUAGAGAAUGCUUUCAAAAGGGCAAUGCCCUGGGAUGAUUUUGGGAUUAAGGACGCCACAAGUUCAAUCUUUCCUGGUUUGAGUUUAGUUCAGUGGAUGAGUAUGCAACAGAAUAAUCAACUUUCAGCUGCACAAUCUGGAUUCUUUCCGUCUAUGGUUUCUUCAACUGCGAUGCAUAAUAACAUUGGUGUUGAUGAUCCAUCUAAGCUAUUGAAUUUUCAAGCCCCAGCACUAUCUGCCCCAAAUCUCCUUUUUAACAAAGCAAAUCCACUGAAUCAAGUUAACCAAUUACCGCAGCCACCUACUACAUGGCCCCAACAACAGCAACUGCAGCAGCUCUUGCAGACUCCUGUAAACCCUCAGCACCAGCAGCAAUCAUUACAACAACAGCAACAGCAGCAACCCUUACAACAACAAAAAUGGCAGCAACUGCAGCAACCCCAACAGCUGGCCCAGCAGCAACUUCUUCAACCACAGCAGCCACAGCAGCAGCAACAGCAACAACAACAGCAACAACAACAGCAGCAACAGCAGCAGCAACAGCAGCAACAUCAGCAGCAACAGCAGCAGCAGCAACAGCAGCAACAGACACAAUUGCAGCAAUCCUCGCUGCAUUUGUUGACACAAAAUUUGUCACAGAGAGCUCAGCAGCCACAAGUUCAACAAUUAUCACAGCAAAGCCUCCCAGAGCAACAGCUUCAACUGCAGCUAUUACAGAAAUUUCAGCAACAACAACAGCAACAGUUGCUCUCUCCAGCGAGCUCACUCUUGCAGCCUCAGUUGCUGCAGCAACAGCAGCCUAGUUCACAAAAUCAGCAAAUGCUGCUGCCUCUGACCCAGAAUCAACAACUACCGCUCAGCAGUAACAGCUUUUCAACAUCAACGCUCAUGCAGCCUCCACAACUUCCUCUUAACCAGCCUCAGGGCCAGAAUAAACCACUUAAUGCUAUCAGAGCCCACUCUGGUCUUACUGAUGGAGAGGCUCCUUCAUGUUCAACCUCACCUUCAACCAAUAAUUGCCAGGUUUCCCCACCAAACUUCUUGAACAGGAACCAACAAGGGCCAGCCAUGUUGGCAUCUGAUUCAGUGGUUGAGCCUCCAAGUAAUCUAUUCCAAGAGCUUCAGAGUAAGUCAGAUAUGCAUAUGAAGCAUGAGUUGCCUGGUUCAAAAAGUUCAGAUCCACAGAAGUGCAAAGGUACUGUGACGGAUCAGUUGGAGGCCGCCUCUUCCGGAACAUCAUAUUGCCUGGAUGCUGGCACCAUCCAACAAAAUUUCUCUCUUCCCACAUUAUGUUUGGAUGUUGAUAUCCAAUCACAUCCGCGGAACAACCUGCAUUUUGCAGCUAAUGUUGAUAGCUUGACACCUGACACCCUGUUGUCAAGAGGGUAUGACUCUCAAAAGGAUCUUCAGAACUUACUUUCUAAUUAUGGUGGCACUCCAAGAGAUAUUGAGACGGAGUUAUCAACUGCUGCCAUAAGUUCUCAGUCAUUUGGUGUGCCAAGCAUGCCUUUCAAACCCGGAUGUUCAAAUGAUGUUGCCAUCAAUGAAGCUGGGGUUUUGAACGGUGGACUGUGGGCCAACCAAACUCAGCGAAUCCGAACAUAUACAAAGGUUCAAAAGCGUGGCUCUGUGGGAAGAUCGAUUGAUGUCACCCGUUACAAGGGGUAUGAUGAGCUAAGGCAUGAUCUUGCACGCAUGUUUGGGAUUGAAGGACAGUUGGAAGAUCCACAAAGCUCUGACUGGAAACUAGUUUAUGUCGAUCAUGAAAAUGACAUACUACUUGUUGGUGAUGAUCCUUGGGAGGAGUUUGUGAGCUGUGUCCAGAGCAUAAAGAUACUCUCAUCUGCUGAAGUACAGCAGAUGAGCUUGGAUGGAGAUCUUGGAAAUGUGCCAGUUCCUAAUCAAGCAUGUAGUGGGACAGAUAGUGGGAAUGCAUGGAGAGGACACUAUGAUGACAACUCAGCCGCAUCAUUUAACUGAUAAAACUACAACGUUGGGGUAUGAGCAGUUUAUCUGGCAACAGAUUCAGAUGGUCUUCGGCAACCUAUCAAAGCCAUGUCAAGGAAGACACACCAGGGAGCUAAUCCAUGAUUGUUGCAACUUACCAGAAGAGCUCUGUUUAGUCUAACUAUUCUAGUAAAAGUUAAUCGUGGAGAUUCGAUGAAGCACUGGAGCCUGAGACCACAGAUCAAAUCAAUAGUAAGGUUGCAACAAUAUAUUCGAAUCUGGACCAAAAAUUUACCUUUUAACUUCGCCUUUGGUGUAUCUGGCAAGUUAAGGAAAGUAUCAGGAAAACGGCACCAUGUAAAAUAUAUAGCCAUUGUUAAUUGGAAGCCAUAUCCGACACUGUAAAUGCUGUAAGAUGGGAGAAGGUUGUCCACAGGUGGCAUAGCUAUUAACAAGCCAGAUGUCUAACAUCAUUUUUGUCCGUCUUGCAUGAUGGAUGGUCCUCCCUUUUUAGCAGAUACCAGUUCCUUUAAUGAAAGGAACCACACGAUACUAACAUUGUUGUAAUGGUAGCAUCUCAUUGUAUGGUAAAUGUUGUUUGAAUUACAUUCUAAUGGUGAGUGCCCUAAUGAUAGAAUGAAAUCCAUUUCUAAGUCUA